CCUCAGCAUCAUAGCGCAUCUCAUUCUGCGGUACAGCAGGUCAGCAGCAAGAUGAUCUGCUGGGCUCUCGCACUGGUUUGGCUGAUUUGCGGAUUUCCCACUGGCUGUGAGGGAGCUCCAGCAGCCUUGAAGAGCAACAGCAACGAAGAAACCUGCAAGAAUCAACUUCAUCCAGGGGCAGGGCUGUCAUGUUGUGGAGGGAAUGCUUUCAACCCUGAAAAAGCCACUUGUUGUAAAGCAGAAGAUGGAUACAACCAAACAGAUGGUCUCAGUCAAAAGGUGUCAGUUUGCUGUGGACUGAAGGCCUACGACAGAUUCAAUGAAAUAUGCUGUCAGUUAACCGUCAUAGCCAAACCUGUGCCAAAGGCCCGAUGUUGUGGGAAAGAGGCUUACGAUGAAGACACACAGUUGUGUUGCAGUGAGAGCAGGAUCAUCCUGAAGAGAAAUUCCACUGACCAUGAGUGCUGUGGAAAGAAACAGUACAACAAGAAGACUGAGUGCUGCUGUCCAGACAAUCUUGAGAUACGACCCAAACAUCCCAACUGCUGUAUGAAGCAGUCAGGUCUCCAUGGAACAAAUCCUAACAACACACCCAGCAAACAGAUUGAUUGCAGUCAGUCAACUGCUCUAGCCUUCCCUGCACCAAAUGCCGUAUGCUGUGGUAAUAAGGCUUUUAAUAGCACCACACAGUUGUGUUGCAGUAAGAGGAGGAUCAUCCUGGAGAGAAAUUCCAUUGACCAUGAGUGCUGUGGACAGAAACAGUACAACAAGAAGACUGAGUGCUGCUGUCCAGACAAUCUUGAGAUACGACCCAAACAUUCCAACUGCUGUAUGAAGCAGUCAGGUCUCCAUGGAACGAAUCCUAACAACACACCCAGCAAACAGACUGAUUGCAGUCAGUCAACUGCUCUAGCCUUCCCUGCACCAAAUGCCGUAUGCUGUGGUAAUAAGGCUUUUAAUAGCACCACACAGUUGUGUUGCAGUGAGAGGAGGAUCAUCCUGGAGAGAAAUUCCAUUGACCAUGAGUGCUGUGGAAAGAAACAGUACAACAAGAAGACUGAGUGCUGCUGUCCAGACAAUCUUGAGAUACGACCCAAACAUCCCAACUGCUGUAUGAAGCAGUCAGGUCUCCAUGGAACGAAUCCUAACAACACACCCAGCAAACAGAUUGAUUGCAGUCAGUCAACUGCUCUAGCCUUCCCUGCACCAAAUGCCGUAUGCUGUGGUAAUAAGGCUUUUAAUAGCACCACACAGUUGUGUUGCAGUAAGAGGAGGAUCAUCCUGGAGAGAAAUUCCAUUGACCAUGAGUGCUGUGGAAAGAAACAGUACAACAAGAAGACUGAGUGCUGCUGUCCAGACAAUCUUGAGAUACAAUCCAAACAUUCCAACUGCUGUAUGAAGCAGUCAGGUGCACCGCAACAGAGUCCUGCAUCUCAACCCAUCUGCACUGAGCCAAACUCAAUUCCCUGUGGGUCAUCAUGUUACAAUCCAAAUCAUUUCCGCUGCUGUGAGAAAAGCCAGGAAAACUCUCUGUGGUGCUGCGCUCCAGGUCGAUGUGAAGACACCCCCAGUGUGUAUAACCCGCAUACACAGAUCUGCUGUGAUGGCUGUGUAUCUGAGUGGAAGCCUUGGUUGGAUCAAUGCUGUGGAGAAACGGCAUACGGCUUUGCACAACGUGGAGUUCUGUGUUGUAAUAACACCUUAUUCACGGGCAGAGAAGAUGGAGAGGAAUGUUCAGCGCUUGGUGUUCCCUUCAACCCAGCUAAAGAGACUAUGUGUAGUUUUAAGUUUCAUGACUCACCUGGAAGACACUGCUGCGGUACAGAAAAAUAUCAUCCUAAAACUGAGAUCUGCUGCGAUGGCCACAGGCAUCAAAACAGAACAGAAAACACCCGCUGCUGUGGGAGAAAGGUGUAUGACAUUCAAGAUCCAUUGGUGAAGUGCUGCGGAGGGAUACUGCAUAAUCUGAAUGCCGGACACAAGGAACAGUGCUGUGGAUCUGUUCUGCAAACCUCACAGCAUGUUUGCUGCUCGAGUGAGGACAAGGAGGUGCUCUACAUGGCCAAGACAGCUUUCCGGUGCUGUGGUCACCGCUACUACAACCUCUCUCUGUGGUCAUGCUGUGCAGGGAAACUGAGUCCAGUGCGCCCUCCAGGCACAAUGAGUAAAGAAUCCAGACUUUUGUCAGUGGACAAUGUGAAGGAUGCAGAUCUUUGCAACAAAAUGCAUAUUGGGAUUGUGGAGAGUGUGUCUUCGCACAGCGUUGUAUUCAGCAGUGUGCUGAUGAUCCAUGGAAGAAACGCCACCGUGACAUCUCUGGCCUCACCUUACAUCCUUAAAAAACAUGAUCACUGCACCUUCCCUAAACUGACUGCUUGGCGGAGCUACUUCUUUGAUGGCGUUAAUGUCUUCGCUGAUUUCAACCAUUACUCUACUCUCCAGUCACUUCAUUUCAUUUUAUCCAGGUGCUACCGUCCUUAAGUCACCACUUUUAGCUCUAACCAACACCAGUUAAUCAGUUCCUGUAUACAUCAUCAUAUUACUUGAAAAUGUUUUCAGUCGGUCAUCAUUUAUUAGUAACUGAAAAAGUAAUUAGAUUACUAAUAACUAAUCAGCAUCUUCUGUAGCACGUGACACCAGGGUUUAACAUGACAACCUGCAACUUUGGAGGUAUUCGCUGACCAUUAUUUGCCCCUACUGAAUGUUUCUCUGUGCAUUGUGUGUAUUUCAAUCAAGGCAUAUUCCCUCUCCUAUGGUGGUUGGUGAGCCCUUAUGUCCCACCUCUAGCCUCUUCUAUAAGUUAACACAUCUGAAACCUUCUGUUGACUGACAGACGUCAAGUAGUUAACCCUUCAAAAUGUCCUAUUAGUGGAGCAUUAGAAGAAUUAACUACAAUGCUUUGCUGGGUUUCAACCUGUAAUCAUCACGAAAGAUGGUAAUCAUUACUGUAACACUGCUCAACAUGGUGCUCAGUGACAUUCAUCUGUACACUCUGAAAUAUACUGUAAUGAUUCAAGAUUUACAUUUUAAGUAAAAGCUCUGCAGGAAAAGUAGCUAACUGUUAGUGAUGGGGUUGUUAUUUGAAAAAUAAGUUGCACUUUAUUCAUUACUCUCUUAAAGUAAUGCACUCCUUUACUUAAUAACUCCCUGAAACUGAUUGAAACUUUAUGAAACUACAUCAAUUUAUAAAACAAUCUAAAAGAGGUUGGCCUUUAUAACACUACAUACUACAAAUGAUAAUUGCCUUAAAUAAUAUAUCCAUUGGCCUAAAAAAAAAAUAAUUAAAAGAGACUUCCUAGCUCUAUUAGAGGAAAGACACAUUUUUAAAUGGCCCAUGAGCUCCAUUUGAUGGGGAAACCGCACUUGCUGGAGUCACUGACUCACCAAACCACAGCUUUAUAAUAGACUAAUCCAGUUUAUUUGACAUCUUAAUUACCAAAGCAGUGGUUAUACCUCAUGAGAAGAAGUAACUCAAAUUGUUUAAGACAGCUGGCUCUUCCACAGACUCAAUACAAGACUGCAGAAGACUGCUUUGAUGCAGGGAACACAUCCCCCUCAAAACUGAGAACAUGUGUAUUUGCCCGAAAACAUGAAUGUAGCAGAGACAGAGACAGAGACGUGCCACAAUUUUCUUUGAGAUUCUUUGACCCAAAAGCCCCUGUUUCCUGUGUGUCCCCACGUCACCCCUCAAAGUUUAAACAUAUCUACCUACACGUCCUUGACCGAUGUGAUUGUUUUAUUAGUAACUGUAAUGUAAUUACUGAAUGUAUUAACAGUAACACGUCACAUUACUGCAUUACAGACAAAUGUAAUGUGAUUACAGUAAUAUGUAACUUUGAAUCACUACCUUCUUCUUUGCUGUCCAGUAACUGGUCUCAUGUAAGAAUGCUAAUAUGUAUCUUGACUGUUAACAUAAGCUAAACAGCUAUCAGCUUUGUGAUUUAGGUUUUGAAAUAUUAUGCUAAUCUUUGUCAUUACGACUUAAUUAUUGUUAUUUUUGUGCCAAUUACAUGACAAAUUGCAGCCAUUUGCACACGUCCUUCACACAUACAGUUGUAUGUUUACAUUGAAAUGGCAGGAUUUAUCAUGUCAUUAUCUAUAAAGCUAGUAAUUGAUAAGCAGCAAUAUCAGGUGUAAAAAUAUGCUACAAAGAACCAAAACCCAAAUCAUCAAAGGAUUAAGCUGUCAUGCAUCGAAUUUAUGUUUCUCAAUGGCUAAUUCUUUUGUCCUUACUUGCAUAGAAUUUUUUGUUGUACUGCACAUUUAUUUAAGAUAAAAUACCUAAUAUAAGCCAAAUUGAAGCUAGAAAGCCUAUUUUCCUUUUUCUGGCACAUUUUCUAUUUCAAUAUAUUUUCUAUUAGUUUUUGUAUUUUAAGCAACGGAAAUGUAUUGCAUGUUUUUUUGUAACAGGAGUGCAUUAUGCUUUAUACAUUUAUAUAAAUAAAAAA